AUAAGUACUGCAUUCUCCCAAUUUGGCGUUGGUGCAGGCAAACUUCUCCAGACGAGUACGGAAGUAGGCAGGGGAAAGUGAGGCCGUCGAACACCGCCGGCGAUUCCUCGACUGUAGAUCAUCGGAAUCCAGGUACUUAGCGUGAAAUGGAGAAGUCUUGCUCUUUGCUGGUACAUUUUGACAAGAGCACUCCAGCGAUUUCAAAUGAGAUCAAAGAAGCUCUUGAAGGGAAUGAUGACUCUGCCAAGAUCGAUGCCAUGAAGAAAGCAAUAAUGCUUUUGUUAAAUGGGGAAACUCUUCCCCAGUUAUUCAUCACCAUCAUUAGAUAUGUUUUGCCAUCCGAAGACCACACAAUCCAGAAGCUGUUGUUGCUUUACUUGGAGAUCAUUGAGAAGACUGACUCUAAGGGGCGUGUUCUACCUGAGAUGAUUCUGAUCUGCCAGAACCUGAGGAACAAUUUGCAACACCCAAACGAGUACAUCCGCGGAGUUACUCUGAGGUUUUUAUGCCGCUUGAAUGAGGUUGAUGUUAUCGAGCCACUGAUUCCUUCCAUAAUGAGCAACUUGGAACACCGUCAUCCAUACGUGAGGAAAAAUGCAAUCCUUGCUGUGAUGUCUGUAUACAAACUUCCACAAGGCGAACAGCUUUUGGCAGAUGCUCCUGAGAAGAUAGAGAACCUUCUUUCUACAGAACAGGACCCAUCAGCUAAGAGGAAUGCAUUUCUUAUGCUGUUCCAGUGCGCCCAGGAACGCGCAGUCAAUUAUCUGUUGACAAACAUGGAGAGAAUACCUGACUGGGGUGAGUUGCUUCAGAUGGUUGUCUUGGAUUUGAUUAGAAAAGUUUGCAGGAGUAACAAAGAAGGGAAAGGGAUGUAUAUAAAGAUCAUAAUAUCAUUGUUGAAUGCCCCUUCUGCUGCUGUUGUAUCCGAAUGUGCUGGAACUCUGAUUUCUCUGUCCUCUGCCCCGACAGCCAUUAGAGCUGCUGCUAAUACUUAUUGCCAGCUUCUUCUUUCUCAGAGUGACAACAAUGUUAAGCUUAUUAUCCUGGACCGGCUCAAUGAACUGAAAUCUUCUCACAGAGACAUUAUGGUGGAUAUGAUAAUGGAUAUUCUCAGAGCUCUUUCUAGCCCAAACCUUGACAUUAGGAGGAAAACACUUGAUAUUGUUCUGGAUUUGGUAACUCCCAGAAAUAUUAAUGAGGCUGUUCUCACACUCAAGAAAGAAGUCAUGAAGACGCAAGGUGCGGAACUUGAAAAGAAUGGGGAGUACAGGCAAAUGCUCAUCCAAGCCAUCCAUUUUUGUGCAGUAAAGUUCCCAGAAGUGGCAAGCACGGUGGUGCACCUAUUGAUGGAUUUCUUGGGUGACAACAAUGUUGCUUCUGCUAUCGACGUCGUAGUUUUUGUGAGAGAGAUUAUUGAAACCAACCAAAAAUUACGGGUUUCUGUUGUAACGAGGUUAAUUGACACAUUCUACCAGAUCCGUGCUGCACGGGUUUAUUCAUGUGCGCUUUGGAUCAUUGGAGAGUAUUGUCUCUCUCUUUCCGAAAUUGAGAGUGGCAUUGCAACUAUCAAACAGUGCCUUGGUGAACUCCCAUUUUACUCAGUUUCUGAAGAAGGGGAAGCUUCUGAAUCUUCUUCAAAGAAGCCUCAACAAGUUAACUCUAUGACUGUUUCAUCUCGAAGGCCCGCUGUCCUUGCUGAUGGUACAUAUGCUACCCAAAGUGCUGCAUCUGAAACUGCUUUCUCUUCUCCAAAUGUUGUCCAAGGAUUGUCUGGAAACUUGAGAACUCUUCUCCUUAAUGGUGAUUUCUUUCUGGGAGCAGUUAUUGCGUGCACACUAACGAAGCUGAUUCUAAGAUUGGAAGAGGUUCAACCAUUGAAAGUUGAAGUGAACAAAGCAACCACAGAGGCGUUAUUGAUUAUGGUCUCAAUAAUUCAGCUAGGACAGUCUUCAUUUCUUCCUCAUCCAAUCGAUAACGAUUCUCACGACAGGAUUGUUCUUUGUAUAAAAUUGCUUUCCAACCCUCAAGAUGAGGUGAGGAAAAUCUGGUUAACAUCUUGCCGCGAGAGUUUUGUAAACAUGCUCUCUGAUAAACAGCUCCGUGAGACAGAGGAGACUAAAGCAAAGGCUCAAAGCUCUCACUCUCAGCCUGAUGACCUUAUUGAUUUCUAUCAUUUAAAGAGCAGGAAGGGCAUGACCCAAUUGGAGUUGGAAGAUCAGGUUCAAGAUGAUUUGAAGCGUGCCACUGGAGAAUUUGUCAAGGACGAGAAUGAUGCCAAUAAACUAAAUCGUAUUCUUCAACUCACUGGAUUUAGUGACCCUGUGUAUGUGGAGGCUUAUGUCACUGUUCAUCAUUAUGAUAUUGUUCUGGAUGUCACAGUAAUUAAUAGAACUAAGGUGACCCUACAGAAUUUAUGUUUAGAAUUAGCCACUAUGGGUGAUCUCAAACUAGUCGAGCGCCCUCAAAAUUACACACUUGCUCCCGAAUCAAGCAAGCAUAUUAAAGCAAAUAUCAAGGUUUCUUCAACUGAGACUGGGGUCAUUUUCGGAAACAUUGUCUAUGAGACCUCAAAUGUGCUCGAGCGCACUGUCGUUGUCCUAAAUGACAUUCAUAUUGACAUAAUGGAUUACAUCUCUCCAGCAGUGUGCAGUGAUGCUGCUUUCAGAACUAUGUGGGCAGAAUUUGAGUGGGAAAACAAGGUUGCUGUUAAUACCGUUAUUCAAGAGGCGAAGGAAUUCCUGGACCACAUUAUCAAAUCAACUAAUAUGAAGUGUUUGACUGCUCCAUCUGCACUGGAGGGUGAGUGUGGGUUCCUGGCUGCCAAUUUGUAUGCAAAGAGCGUGUUCGGGGAAGACGCUUUAGUGAAUUUGAGUGUUGAGAAACAAGCCGAUGGGAAGCUGAGUGGCUAUAUUCGGAUUAGGAGCAAAACUCAAGGGAUUGCUCUCAGUUUGGGGGACAAAAUCACUCUCAAGCAGAAGGGUGGCAGCUGAUCCUAAAAAACUUGACACAUUUAUUGCGAUUGCUGUGUUUCGAUUUGAGGCUUUGUUCUGAACUUCCUCUUUUGCCCCUUGAGAGAUGCUGUCAUUAUGUAAUGCAUUUGUAGAACUUUAAUAGUACCUUUCUUUUUUCCUUUUUAUUUUUUUUAAAGAAUAAUAUUGCUACGCAAUCAAAUGACUUUUGGCGU